GGUUUUAGAGAUAAAAGCAAGAGGGAAAAAAAGGUAGAUAGAGAGAAGCAGGACUGAUUGCACGGUCUUCACUUCCUCCUCACUCUCCCUCCAUACAAAUCUGCCCGUCAAUUUAAUCUUGAGAUUCACUUUUGCUUGCUUAUUACUCACUCUGUAUCUGCUGCACCAUUUUCUGUAUUGGGUAUUUACUUUGCAUUCUAUCAUCUCCAGCUUCUGUCACAUCUCUAACGACUUUGAACUCACCUGGGUUCUCUCUAAUUUAAAGAAAAAAGGAUAAAUUUGUUGGAUUUGCAGCUUAAUUUUGUUCACUAGUGAAAAAGUGCUUCUUUUUUUUUUUUUUUUGGUUUUCAAGUUUCGAUAAUUUAAGGGUACCCACUUGCCAAUUUCCCCCGAAAAUGGAGAACUUUUCCGGGAAAAGGAGACCCUCAAUCAAUCUUUCCAUUUUAUCCUCUCUCUCAGAAUCAUUGUCCUCUCUAAACCCGACAAAAUCUGCAAGAAACUUCGAAAAUGGGGUAGUUGGCUUAGGCAUAGUGGCAAAUAUGACCGAUUCCAGCAAUACCCAUGAAGCAGUUUUCCCUGCAAGAUCCCCCUCGGUAUCUAUUGUGUCCUCUGCUAAACCGGCAGCCAAUUUUAGAUAUGGUCUGAAUUCGGAAAAAGAUGAGGAUGUUGAGAUGGAAGAGUUAUCUGAGAAUUAUGCUUGUGUGAUUUCUCAUUUUGGGAAUAGUUUGAACGAGAAAAGCGUCUAUUUUGAUGAAGAAAAGAAUUGCAGUGUGUUUACUGCUCCGUCGGCUAUGAAUGUGGAUGACAAGGAGGAGAUUUGGAUUGAGGACUUUCUGAGCUCUUGCCAUCUUUGCAAGAAGCAACUUCAUGGACUUGACAUUUUCAUGUACAGGGGUGACAAAGCUUUUUGUAGCAAUGAGUGCCGUGGCAAUCAUAUCAUAAGUGAUGAUCACAAAGAGAAAUGUGGGUCUAAAGCAAGGAAACAACUUGAGUACUCGGUGUCGUCUUGCUCUGGACCACUGGUGUUUCUGUCUGGUGUUGCUGCAACAUAGACUUCUCAGUUACAUACCAACAUAUAUAGAAGUAGAGCAUCUAAAUAACCUUCUGUGUGGCUGGAAUAAGCAAAGUUGAAAGACUUUCUGCGGGCUGCUUGCCUUCAUCAGGUAAUCUCAGCGUCUCAGAUUUUAUGAAUUCUGGACGAGGCAUUGAGGAUUCUUUUUUUGUUGUUCCUCAGUGAGAACUCUGAACUGUUGAACUAUGCAUGUUUCUUCUUUAUUUGGGAACCUAAAUAAUAUUAUGAAUAAAUAAAUUUUGGACUU